AUGACUAAAGUCCUAACCAACCAGCGAGUCAGAAGACAACGGGGAGCGGAAGAGAGAAAAUGUAAACCCUGCGAGCCGGCCUCCCCACCCGCGCAGGAGGGACGCGAAGCUUCGACGGCAUCCCAGCGACGCACGGCCACGAGGGCGCCGGCGACCGCCCCACUGGACCAGCCGCGCACGGCGGCAGGGCCUCCAAGGCUAGACCCGGCAGGAGCUCAAACACACAGCAGCUCAAGGUCAAGGAGGACGGCCCAGUGCCAGCGACAGGAGGGAAAGGACGCCCCCCAAGUGGCCCGCGGGCCCAGCACCCACGUCAAGCGGGCGGCCCGUCGACGACUGGCCCGGGCCGCCGGCCUCCCGGGGAGCGGGGAGCCCGGCGCCGGGCGCGGGGCGGCAGGUCGGCUGCCCCUGGGUCGCUGUGCUCGCGCGGUGGACGCGGCAGCGGCUGCGAGGGCCCGCGGGGAGGGGCGGACGCCUGCUGAGGCCCUGGCCGGGCUGCUACGGCGAACGCCUCCGACCCCGCGGGCUCGGCCCCGGCCGUGGUGGUUUCCCGCGCGGGAGCUGAGCGGCCCGUCGGCGUGCUACCUGGAGGCUCGGCUGGCCGGCUGCGUCUUCGGCCCCGACCGAGCCGCCGUCCCCGAGACGGAGUCGAGGAGCCAGGCGCUGCUGACGGCGCGCGCGGUCGAGCCCGGCAGCGCGGUCGAAGUCACCGUCUUUGGACAGCCCCACGGACAAAAUCGGGUGAAGGGAGUGCUGCAGAGCCUCGCGGCCUGGCACCGGGAACGGCGCACCCGAGGGGAGAAGAUGGAGCAGCUGGAGGCGUUCUUGAAGGCCCGGGCGCCGCGGCCGCAGCCUCCCGCGCAUCCUGUCGCCUGAGCCCUGCCGGGAGCCUUGUGGAAACAAGCCUGCUUCUGCCAGUCAGGUUAAAGCAUUACCUAUUAACUGCCGCUCAGGAAGAUGAAGCUAUAUAGUGCUCACAUCAGUAGUUGGGGUGUCAUGCCCAGACACAGCAUUGAGAGAUCCCUGGAAUUCAGUCAGACUCAUCGUUGUAUCCUCUGUGGGAGCCCUAGGCCAAAGAAGCGUGUGAGAAAUUUGCAAAUGUCUGAGAGGGUCAAAUGUCUUGAGAUCUAAGCAGAAUACGAAUUAAGAGCCAAAGAAGGACAAAAUCCAUUCAAAGAAUCUCAAGAUGGAAUUUCAAGCUUCUGUGGCUUCCGGAUCAGGUUCUCAAGGGCCCACCUGCAGCUUGGUCUGGAUGCGAGGGGGGAGAAGCUGUGAUGCAAGACAAGCGGAGAGAGCAGAGAGCUGGCCGCCUUCGGGAUCGGCCCCGGAGGGCUAGGCCACAGCCAGCUCACACUUGGUAUGGUCAGGGAAGCAGGAAGAGCGGGUGUGGUGCCCUCCAAACCCUACCCUGGCCCACACCCACCUCAAAGAACCCAACGGCGGUGGGCAAUGAGCAAGUGAGGCCUCAGGACUGGCUCCCCUACCUUCUCUCCCAAUCACUACCACUUACUCUCUGCAGUCUCUGUGGACUGAUCUCUGCAGUCAUCUCCAUGCUGAAAUAACAUCCCUGCACUGAAGACUUGAGAGUCACCUUCCUAAUCCCAGCCUCCCUCCCACCUUCACACCUACCUCGAAUCAUCCAGGUAUCCAUCCCGCCCAACACACACCAUGUACUUCUGCCAAUUUUCUCCACAUCAGUUUAUGGCAAUGCCAUAACUUCAGUAUUUCUAGCCCAAACCUUGGAAUCCUCCUAUGAUCUCUCUAUUUUUUAUUUUUUUAAAUCCAACAUUUCAACAAAUCCCAUUCUGUGGAACUUCACAGUACGUCCAAAAUCCAGGCACUUCUCACCACCUCCUCACUACUACCCUGGUCCAAGCCACCAUCGCCUCUCCUCCAGGUGACUGCAGCAGCCUCACACCUGCCCUCCUCCCUCUUCAGUCCCUUCUGAAACAUGGGGCCCAGAGUAACUCCAUUAAAGGUAAAUUAAACCGUGCCACUUAACACUCUGACUGGUUUCCUAUUUUUCUCUGAGUAACAGCUGAAAUUUUUACAAUGGGACCUUCCCCUUCUUUUAUCUGUCCCACAUCUUCUUGGUUUCCUCUCCACCUCUCUCUAAUCCCAGUGGCCUCUCUGCUGUUCCUUAGACAAUUCCCCUAUGCUUUAUCUUCAGGGCCUUUCUACUUGCUGUUCUCUCUUCCUUCAUGACUUUGUACCUUGAUCCCCUCCAGUCCCCAGGCCACCACUGAUCUCUCUUAAUUAAAUAUUACCUGAUUCUCAGUUGGAACUUCCGUAGGGUCCCAACUUAAAAUCCAUUUCAUCCUCCUUCCUUGCUUUCAUUUUCCCCCAAUUACAUCCUUAUGUAAUCAACUAUGUAUUUAACUUGUUGAUCUUGCUUAUGUGUCUGUUUCCCCAUCAACACUAUUAUAUCCCUAGACUAUGAACAUGGGGAUUUUUUUUUUUACUUCUAUGUACACUGCACCAAAACCAUGCUUGAAACACAGAAUGGGCUCCAUAAAUAUUUGUUGAAUGAAAGAAUGGGCAAAGCAUAGAGUACACUCACUCAAUGUAGCAUCCAUAAAUGAUGUAAGCAAGUCAAACAGUGGGUUGACCAACUAUUGAAAGAAUCAGUUCACCUCUUUGGUUUGCAAGAGUCUAUGACCUUUAAAGCCAGUGGAAAAAUCAGGUUUCCUUGAAAUUAAAUCCAGUCCUGCCUAACCCCAGACUCACAGUUUGCUGCUAUCGUCUGACUCAUCUCAGCAUGAGUCAUCCAUCUCCAACUGAUUCCAACACAAUUUUGAGAAAACACAAACCUUUCCCUUAGUCCUUCACAAUGAUACUCUACACAGAAUUGUGAAGAGGCAUUUUUUACUCAACAAUAUAUUCUGUAUAUUUUUGUUUCUAACAUAUUUAGCUCUGCCACAUUCUCUUAAAGAUUGCCUGCCCCUGUGUCCAUUAAAGAACACUUGCAUAUGCUCUAGUUUUUCACUAUUUUAAUGAUUCUGAACACUGUAGAACAUAUGUACCUGGAACUUUUGCACUUAAAAAUGAUUCCUAGAGACAGAAUUGUGUGUAGAAUGGGGACCUAUCUUUAACAUGCUGUCCUGGAUUUUGUAAAGUAAACAUUCUGUUGUAGUUGUAGAACAAUAUUUAAUAUCAUACUUAAUAUGAUGCUGUAUAUAAUGUAAAUUUUAAAAACUGUACACCAAUUCAUCCAUGCAUAUGUUUAGAAAACUUCAGGAAUAAAUCAAAAUUAGCUAUUAAUAGAUUAGCUCUGAUAGUAAAACUACAAUAAGAAUAGGAAACAGUUUUUCUCUUUCACUCUACCUCAGUUUAGCAUUGUUUUAAUUUAUCUCCAUUAAGCUAUCAGUUUGUAAUAUUUUUAGGACUAGUUUUCAAAGAGGCAUUGAAAAAUAAACAUAAUCAUAGUUUUUUAAAAAUCCAUUUGUUUCCGAAGUAAAAAAUCAAGUUCCUGUCUUGCCACUCAUUACCCUAAGGAAGUCAUGGAUAACAAUGUUAAUUGACUUCACACAUGUGUGCUACUCAUUUAUCAUCAUCUAUACAUACCUCUGGUUACCUUUGCAAGUACACAGAUGGCAUCUGAACUUGGGCCUAGGAACAAGAUCUGGAAGGGAGUCAGGUUUGUGAAUAAUGUCAGAGGUGGAACUGACAAAACUUGGAAUUGAUGUGUAGAACAGAUAAAAGAGGACUGUUGGAAAUGUUUUGAAUGAGUGUUCAAAGUGUAUGUUUUGGAAAAAAAAUAGGAAGAGGAGCCAUAGGGGAGAGAAGGAGCUAAUGAGUUUGCUUUGGGACAUGUAAAGUUUGAAAAGCCUCAAGGAUACAAACAUGGAAAAGUGUAAUGGGCUAUUGGUGAAGCACUCAGAGAUUUUGGAAUUCUAGGUUUGGGAAUUGUAAUGUGGGUAGAUAGUUUAAGUCAUGAGUGUAGACAAAACUACCUAAGGAGAAUGACAGAGGUCAAUAAAGAUAAAGGGG